AUGUUGGAUGCUGUAGCUGCAAUUGGCCUUGGUUAUAAACAACCUACUUACAAUGCUAUGCAUGUGAAUUUAUUGAGAGAUGCUAAGAAGGAAGUCCAAUUACUUGUUGACAAUUAUAAGAGUAUUUGGGAAGAGGUUGGAUGUACAUUAAAGGCUAAUGGUUGGACUGAUACUUGCCAUAGGUCAUUGAUUAAUUUUCUCGUAUACUUUCCUAAAGGUGUUUGCUUUAUAAAAUCAGUGGAUGCUUUAGAUGUUGUAGAGGAUGCCUUUACAUUGUUCAAGUUGUUUGAGGAAAUGGCUUUAUGGGUUGGUCCAAACAGUAUUGUCCAUGUUGUCACGGAUAAUGGAGCAAAUUUUAAAGCUGCUGGAAGAAUGUUGUCUGAGAAGUAUGAGAAUAUUACUUGGUCGCCUUAUGCAGCACAUUGCAUAAAUUUAAUUUUGAAAGAUAUAUCUGAGCUGGACCACAUAGUGCAUCUUGCAAAAUGUGCUUCUAAAGUAACCAAGUUUGUGUAUAAUCACACAAUUUUGAUAGCUUGGUUGAGGAAAAGAGAGGGUUGGAAAGAAAUCAUACGAUCGGGUGCAACUCGGUUUGCUACUACUUUCAUUGCAUUAAGAAGUCUACAUGAGCACAAACAUGACUUGCAAGCUAUGGUGACUGAUAGGUUUUUUGUGGACUCUCGAUAUGCUAGAAGUAGUAAAGGCAAGAAUGUUAUUCCCAUAAUUCUAGAUAAUGAAUUUUGGGAUGACAUGGGUUUAGUUUCCAAAAUUGUGGCUCCUUUGAUGCGUUUGUUACGGACUGUAGACUCAGAUGAGAGACCUGCAAUAGGAUAUGUGUAUGAUGGCUGUCAGUAA